AAAAUUAAAUUUGUAAAUUUUAAGCCGGGAAUUUUAUUUAUAUAUAAAAAGAGAAAUUUUUUUGGAAAAAUGAUCACAGUCAAUAUUAAAAAGUUAAUUUUUCCACCUUAUGUUGAAGAUCCUGAAUCUCAAAACUUUACAGAGCAAAAUUGGACGGAAGCAAUUAAUGUUUGGGAUACAAAUCUAUCAUUACUUCUAAGGCUUCAGGAUGCAGCUUUCUGUAAUCAAAUGUUACAAAACGAAUCCCUUCACGAGUUUCUCGGAACUUUUCUUGGAACUCGUGCUAGAUCUCAUAACGUUAAACAUAAUGAUAAAAGAGAAAUUGAAUUAGAAAAAAAGGUGUUGGCUAUUUUGUUGCGCGUAUCGGAAGCAUCAAAGAUUUCUUCAGAUCAACCUGAAAAUUCAACAACGCUAGUGGAUGAUCUUUACACUAAAAAUGUGAUUUCAGUCCCAUUAUUGCUUGACCUAGCUAUAACUUAUGGAAAAUCUAACUUUACUCAUACCAAAAAAAUUUUGGAUAAUAUAAUUGAUUCGGUUCCGAAAUUGAUGCAAGAUUUCGAAAUUCAUUCAACUACUGUGAUUAAUUAUAUUAAAGCAAUUAAAGACAAGUUUGUAGAGAUGGGUGAGAAAGUUUAUGAGGGUGAAGAUGUUAAUUUUGAUUCAAAUAUUCAUGAUGCAAAAGUUUAUUUGAGUUUCAUUUCAGAUAUUUUUAUUACUUUAGAUUGUUUGUUUACUGUUUUUAAACCUGUAGUAAACAUAUUCAACGAUAAGGAUGAUGAAAGUUUUUUACUGAAAAUAAAAACAUUUUAUGACGAAACAAUACCAUUAAUAUCAAAGCUUAUUUCUGAAAAUGAACUAAAUGAUCUAAACAUAUUAAAGCAUGUUUCAGUUUCAUUAGCGUAUCAUACUUUAGAUGCAUGUUAUUUCAACCCUCUGGGAUUUGCAUCCAUUGAAGGGGAUAAUUUUUCAUUCAUUAAAUGUGAUGAAAAUUUGAAUGAUGAUAAAAUUAAAGACAUAUUAGCAAAGAUGAAUGAUAUGUUAAUGUAUAUGAUUGAGCUCUCACCAUUAGAGAAACCUGUACAAUGUUUUGUUGAUGCUCCUUUAAUUCUGGAUAUGGAGAUUGAAUUCGAUUUAAAUGGAAAAUUGACCAAAAUAAAAAAUGAAAUUAGUGAUGGUGAUGAUGUUCAAGUUGAUUAUAUAAUUAAGUCUUUGGAGUCCAUGAGACUUAUGAACCAAGAAACUGAAAAGGAUACGUGGAAUAUGCGAUUAAAACAAAAGCAAAAACGAUAUAAUUCACGCAUGUCAAAUGGUGCUACCGCUGAAGAGUAUCCUACUGGUGAAGUUAAGUCCAAUGGGAUUAAUCAUAAUGGAAUUGAUGAAAAUGAAAUUAAUGAUAAUGAAAUGUACUUAAUGUCUCUGAUUUCACAAGUACAAGAAGUCUUUCCCGAUUUAGGAGAAGGCUUUAUUGAAGCAUGUUUGUCUACCUAUGACAAUAACGUGGAAACCGUAAUAGAUCGGUUAUUGACACAAUCACUUCCUGAGCAUUUAGCAUCAAUGGAUCAUACGUUACCACGUGAAGUAGAAGCGGUUGAAAAUCCGAAUGAUGAUGAUUUACUUGCUCAGCGUAGGAAUAUAUUUGAUAAUGAUGAAUUCGAUGUGUUUUCAGGAAAAAUUCUUGACACAUCUCGAAUUCACAGAGGAAAGAAGAAUCGUGGUACAGCUGAUAAAUUGUUAGAUGAUAAAUCAUUUAUUGAAUCCAAUAAGGAGUCGAUGGUGAAUAUGGCUUACAAUACUAUGUAUGAAGAUGAAUAUGAUGAUACAUACGACACUAGCGGUUUGAAUAUGCGCGGAAUAGAUCUUCGUACGGUUGAUGAGAUAGAUGAAUUGGGUACUAGUUCGCGUGAUAAGACGGAGAUUGACCCUGGUAUUAUGCAUGAAGAAAAGCUUAUCAAAAUGUAUCAAUCUGAUCCAUCAGUAUUUGAUAGGACAAGUGCUGUAAGAAAAUCAGAUAAACGCGCUCAACUCAGGAAAAUUACUAAGAUGACCGAUGAACAGAUAGAGGGAUGGUAUAUUAUGUUUCAGAGAAACCCAAGAAAAGAUAAGUUGCUUUCGAAAUAUGAAUGGAAUGGCAAACAAGAAGAAUUAUUUUCAAACGUUUCUGACGAGAGUUCUUCUAGAUCACCUCGACAAGGAAGUUAUAAUCAAUUUAGAGGCGGACCUAGAGGAAGGGGCGGAAGUAGAGGCAGAGGUAGAGGCAGGGGAAGAGGCGGAAGUGGAGAACAGUUUUCGCGUAAUUCCGACGCUAGUAAUGUUUCUACGUAUUCGCGACAUAAAUAUAAAAAUAAUCACAACCAAAAGAACGCUUAUGUAAAGAAAAUGUCAAGAGGUUUUGGUCGACCAGAAUAGUACUUAUAUAGACAUUAUAAAGAAUUUAAUUAUUUAAAAAUUACAUAAUAAAUUUCGAG